CCGCACUUUUCUAAUAAAUACAAACGAAGGAAUUCCAUUGAUAUUUUGUAAACAAUUUCGGCUAAACUAAAAUCUUUGAAUGAAAUAUUUGCUAUACAUUUAAAAAAUAUAAACGAAUAUGUUAUAUUAAGAAAAUCGUGUCUGAAGUAAUGAGUCAAUCUGCCUUUGAGCUUACACAAUUAAGAAUUGCUACUAUUAACUAUAGAAGCAACAGUUAAACAGUUUUAAAAUGCUUUUCGUAAACCACGAAGCAUGUUUGUAAUUUGGGUGUGGUAGAGUUUGCCCAAUUUUGUACAUGGAAAUUGUUCUCACAUUCAUACACCUGUUGGAUUCUACCUGUACUUAUGCUAAUUAGAAAAAAUCAAACCAACAAACUGUUGCUUACCUUUACAUAUACCUACAUACGCACACCAUAUUUGUGAAUGUAUGCGUGGCAAAUUUGAACACGCUUCACAUGUACUUUGGAAGAAAAUAGAUAUAUAUAUUAUACAACACAAACAUGUUGCAAUGUAGCGAGUACGUUUAUGAGCCGGAAAACUUUAUAAGCACAACACCAUUGGAUAUUGAAAUUGAUAAUACUAUAGUGCUAUGUGAACAAGACUCAGGCUUUAAGAAUGCUAUUGAAUUGUUUGAUGAAGAUCAUACAGUGUGUAUGGAUGUUGUUAAAUCUGUCGAAGUACAUGCUAAGAGCACACGCAGCAAAGGCCGUCCAGCUAAACGCUAUGAUUUUCAAUUCAAAUGUGAUCACUGUGAUUAUAGCACUGCCUAUGCAAGACAUUUUCGAAAUCAUAUGUCGCAAACACAUAACGACUACCACACACACAUUUUCAAAUGUACACAAUGCUCGGAAGCAUAUGUGGAGGAGCGUUCGCUACGUGAACAUGUGAAAUAUUUACACAACUGUGUACAACGACAACCGAAAUUCAUCUGCGCUAAUUGUGGUAAGGGGUUUCCAAAACAAUCGCAUCUCACGCGUCAUUCCUAUGUGCAUAAUCCGGAGAAGAAACCUUUCCUAUGCGAUCGCUGUCCAAUGCGUUUUAGUAACCAAUCCUCCUUGGCUCGACAUUUUGAAGCAAAACAUAUUGAGAAUAAAGCGCAUACUUGUUUGGAUUGCGGCAUGGCUUUUGGCCACAUUUACGGUCUAAAAGCACAUAGGUUACGUUUGCACCAAAUGGAAGUAUAAUAAUUGCACUCCCUUUAUUUACAAAUCAGCUGUAAAGCUACCGUUUCAAAUAUACAUAUAUAAAAGACUUAAGACAGAAACUCGAAGAAACUUGUGGCGCUAAUAUUCCAAUUUCAUAUUUUUAAUAUUAAGAAAAAAAGUAUGAAUUUUAGAAGAUUAAUUUAUUUAUUGUACAAAUCUGGUAGCAUCUGGUAGAAAUAUGCAUAUUUGUACAUGUGCUAAAUCGAUAGCAACGAACAAAUUUAUUUCAAAUAUUGAAAUUCUUAACAGCUUUAUUUAAUUUAAGAUAAGUGCUCAUUGAAGUAAAAAGAAGCAUUCUUAAUAUGUAUUAUAUUCAGACCGUCCUUAAGCUGCUUGCUUAAAAAUUAGUAUAUAAUUGAAAUUAUUAAAUAAUAAAAUAUAUACACAUAUCAUUAUAAAAUGCUUUAAAACUAAAAAAAAAGGGUUGUAUAUUA